ACGAUUCCCCUUUACUUGCCGACUGGACGCAUAUUCCAGCAGACAACAACACACUUGGGGGUUCCUCUGAUCAGAGGUCAGCAGAACGCGAGGCCCUCCGCGACAACUCGUACCUGAGAGGCAAGGGACAAGCAAACAUGUCCAAGGCGGGAUUCUAACCCGCGACCUUUCGGACCGAAGGCCUGCGACGCUACACGCUUUUAGUCACCUCAGCCAUCUAGGCCGGCAGGUGUCCGAGGCGCCGGCGAGAUGUUGCUGUCGGGGGUGGCGGUGCUCCUGUUGGCGCACGUGGUGCUGCCCGACGCCCACCGCGCGGAGGCUUUGGGAGUUGGGAUUGUCGAGCUCCGGCGACUAACGACGACGGCCGCAGCAGGCGGCGGUGAUAGCGGCGGCGGCGGCGGCUGUUGGCAGCCGUUUAGGCGCUGCCUGGUGGGCUGGUUGGCGUGGCUGAGAUGUGAAACGGCGUACCUUCGUUCUCCCAUCGAACACCGCGAGGGCUGCAAGGGAUUUCUGUGCUUGCAUUUGCUCGGAUCUGAUGUUAUUUAUGAAAUGUCGGUGUAUCUAUUGAGUCAUACAUUUCAUGUGAGAGCCUGA